AGUGUUCACGCUCCCGGAACGAAACACACUGAUCCCCACCGCCUCCCCCGUUUUUCCUUGAAAUACGAACACAGAACUAAAGUAAACCCGUCACCUCUUGUCCGGUCCUCUACGUUCAGUGUGCAAUCAUGUCGGUAAGUGGAGAAGGAGGAGAGAGAAGCGAGUGAUGACGAUGCCCCAGUUCGACCCUUAUGUACGGCAUUUUGUGGAUGUUCUGGAGUCAGCUGCUGAUCGGAUGCGUGUAUCUUGGCUGGCGCUAGGUCUCCGGGUAUGUUAACCAUGUUUCGUCUUCUUCUCGUACCUCACAAGCCUCCUCUUCUUUCCAUGUUUCUCCUAUCGUUCUCCCGGCCUACGUCCAGGGGUACCUUCAAGUGUGUCGCCAUUAGCAGGAAUGACAAGAUGCAAACAUAAACUGGACUCUACACCGCCUCGUAUUGAACAAAUUUUGCCAGAAAACAAAAUCGCAUGUGCUAACAGAAAGCCAAAACAUAAAAUUCUUAACCAAAAUGCAGAGUGCGAGUAAGCGCAGAAUGCAUGGAAGCAACCAACAACUUGCGAUUCAAAGACUUGAAAUAUAUCAUCUUCAAGAUCUCAGAUGACAAGAAGGAGAUCGUCGUUGAGGAGUCGUCGAAGGAUACCGACUACGAAACUUUCCGCACCAAGUUGGUCGAGGCCAAGGAUAGCAAUGGGAAGCCCGCGCCACGGUAUGCGCUGUACGAUGGCGAGUUCGACCUUGGGAGCGAGGGUAUCCGAAAAAAAAUCAUCUUCAUCUCUUGGGUCCCCAGCGAAACGCCAACCUUCUCAUCCAUGAUCUACGCCACGACCCGAGAAACGCUCAAGAACGCCUUGAACCCUCAUGUCAGCAUCCACGCCGACGACACGGAUGAGCUCGAGUGGAAGACCCUGAAGGAAGCUAGCGUGAAGAAAUAG